AUGAACAGACAAGUCUGCAAGAAAUCCUUCAGUGGCGGGAGCCAGGGUUUCUCCGGCCGCUCUGCCGUGGUCUCCAGCAGCAGCAGGAUAAGCUGUGUGGCCCGCUCUGGGGGAGUUGGUGGAGGGGCCUGUGGCUUCCGGAGCGGAGCAGGCGGCUUUGGCAGUCGCAGCCUCUACAACCUGGGUGGCAACAAGAGCAUCUCAGCUGGUGGCUCCCGGGCUGGAGGCUUUGUGGGAGGGCAGAGCAGUUGUGGCUUUGCAGGUGUCUAUGGAGGUGGCUUUGGGGGCAGCUAUGGUGGUGGCUUUGGUGGUGGCAGAGGAAUAGGCAGUGGUUUUGGAGGGGCUGGUGGCUUUGGUGGAGCUGGCGGCUUUGGUGGUCCUGGUGGCUUUGGUGGGCUUGGCAGCUUUGGCAGUCCUGGUGGCUUUGUCCCUGGGGGCUUUCCUGGGGGAAUUCAGGAAGUGACUGUAAACCAGAGUCUCCUGCAGCCCCUCAAUGUGGAGAUCGACCCCCAGAUUGGACAAGUAAAGGCCCAGGAGCGGGAGCAGAUCAAGACCCUCAACAACAAGUUUGCCUCCUUCAUUGACAAGGUGCGGUUCCUGGAACAGCAGAACAAGGUCCUGGAGACCAAGUGGGAAUUGCUCCAGCAGCAGACCACGGGCUCGGGGCCCAGCAGCCUGGAACCUUGCUUUGAAUCCUACAUCAGCUUCCUACGCAAGCAGCUGGAUUCACUUCUAGCAGAGAGGGGGAACCUGGAGGGAGAGCUGAAAAGCAUGCAGGACCUGGUGGAAGACUUCAAAAAGAAGUAUGAAGAUGAAAUCAACAAACGAACUGCGGCAGAGAAUGAGUUUGUGGGGCUCAAGAAGGAUGUGGAUGCGGUUUUCAUGAACAAGGUGGAGCUGCAGGCCAAAGUGGACAGCCUGACAGAUGAAGUCAGCUUCCUGAGGACCCUCUAUGAGAUGGAGCUGUCCCAGAUGCAGAGCCAUGCCAGCGACAUGUCUGUGGUUCUGUCUAUGGACAACAACCGCUGCCUGGACCUGGACAACAUCAUUGCUGAGGUCCGCGCCCAGUAUGAGGAGAUUGCCCAGAGGAGCAAGGCUGAAGCUGAGGCCCUGUACCAGUCCAAGCUUGGGGAGCUGCAGACCACAGCUGGCAGGCACGGGGAUGACCUAAGGAACACCAAGAGUGAGAUCAUGGAGCUCAACAGGAUGAUCCAGAGGCUACGGGCUGAGAUUGAAAAUGUCAAGAAGCAGAAUGCCAACCUGCAGACAGCAAUUUCAGAGGCUGAGCAGCGUGGAGAGAUGGCCCUCAAGGACGCUAAUGCCAAGCUCCAAGACUUGCAGGCUGCCCUACAGAAGGCCAAGGAUGACCUGGCUCGGCUCCUGCGUGACUACCAGGAACUGAUGAACGUCAAACUGGCCCUGGAUGUGGAGAUUGCCACCUACCGCAAGCUGCUGGAGGGAGAGGAGUGCAGGAUGUCUGGAGAGUGUCAGAGUGCCGUGUGCAUUUCAGUGGUCAGCAAUGUCACCAGCACAAGUGGCAGCUCUGGUAGUAGCCGUGGAGUUUUUGGAGGGGCCAGUGGCAGCGGUGGCUACAGAGGCAGCGGCAGCAGCAGCGGCUAUGGAGUCAGUGGCGGCAGCAGCAGCGGCUAUGGAGGAGUCAGGGUCAGCAGUGGCAGCACUGGGGGCAGGGGUAGCAGCGGGGGCUACCAGAGCAGCAGUAGUGGGGGCAGGCUCGGCGGUGCAGGUAGCAUCUCCAUGAGCCACAGUGGAAUGGGCUCCAGCUCUGGCAAUGUCCAGACUUCUGGAGGCAGUGGCUACAAGUCUGGUGGUGGAGGCAGCACCAGUAUCCGCUUCUCCCAGACCAUGAGCUCAAGCCAGCAUAACUCCACCAAGUGA